AAUCAAUAAGAAGCAUAUUAAGAAAAUCUCUAAACUCUAUUCUCUCCCAAAUUCUCUCGACCUAUCUUCUCUCCCUGAUCCGGCCGCCAGCCAUUCUCUCCAAUUCUUCCCCAAUUCUUCUUCCAAAUCCCUAAUUCUAUCUUCUCAAUCCCUAAAUUCCCAAAUAUCACCCAAUACGAAUCCUGUUAGAAACUUUGUUUCUAACAUCUGGUAUCAGAGCCCGGUUUCGGAAGACGAGUUCAUCAAAACUCUUUCAGGGAUAGCUUCCUAUCUGAUCAAAUCCAGAUGAGUUCAACCGAUAUAUCGGAGCUAACGUGGGCUCAAAAGCAGGAGCGAUUAUGGAAGAUCGUGGAGUACUGGAAAUCAUACGCGUUGCGGCGUGAGAAAGCAGACGCGAAGGACGGCGGUAAUGACGCUACGGAGAGGCAGCAGCCGCCCACAGGUGUUGGCGGACCCGACGAGCAGCCGUCUCCGAUAAGCUCUGCGGCGGAUGACGGCGUCGAGAAGAGCAACAAGAACGAGAAGCAGCUGCUUUUGGCUAUUACCGCCACACCCAUCCACGACGGCUCAUCAGCAGCGGCCACCAUCACUGCGGCGGCACCACCAACACCGCUUGUAGCAAGCGAACAAUCAUCCAGGGUGAGGAACCAUAGCAAGUUUGAAAAGGCUCUUUGUGUGGUCGUGACCAAAGAAGAAGGAGAUCUCUCCUCUUCUGUUCUUGUUCCAGACAAGGAGAGCUUAAUCGUUCAUGGAGAAGAAUCCCAGACUGAAGGGUCGGAGAGGAGAUCAGUGCUGAACCAAGUGGCGAACUGGAUAUUCAGGAAGAAGGAGCCCGAUGGAAAAUCACCAUCGCCUACCUGCGACCGACGACGGGAAGUGAUGACGACAUCGCGUCGCUAGAUUGAUGCGUCUGAGCGCCGAAUCGCACGCGAAACGCGACGACAGGCUGCAGUUUCCGUUCCGCCGUCGAGCAAAGGCAAGACAAGAUUAAGGCUGGGCUGAGGGAAGGUCCACCAACAAAGACGAAGAAGAUUG